AAAAAAACCAAUUUUAUGGUUAUCUAUUUGUAAUGAAUGGUUGGAUUAUUGAAUACUUUAGCAUUUCUGGGUCUUUGAAGGUUUCAUAAUUGAGUAGGACUUGAAUUCUUUGGAUUGAUGGGUUUAAUUGAAGAAGAGGCCAUCGUUCUCGUUUGCAUUGGACUAAAAUCAAGGAGACACCAGUUUUGCUUGAAGUAAUGAAGUGCACAGCUUUUUCGCACUAAAACCAACGGUUUCUUGAAUUCAAGUAUAUAACGGAAACCCACAGCACUGCUGAUAAAAUGUAAAAACUCAACUGCAAGAACGGCUCUCAUGGUCAUCUCUCAUGUUCAGUUCUCUCAAGCCAAAGUCUUCCCUCCUUCGAUCGCUCAAAUGCCUCUCGACUUCAGCAACCUACUCCAGAACCCACAGAAAACCCAACGACCACGAGCUCUUUCUUAUCUCUUCUUUGAAAUCUGCUGCAACCCAUUUCUCCAUUUCUCAAGGCCAAAAAACCCAUUGCCUCGUAAUCAAAUCAGGCUUCAAUUCCAACGUUUUUAUUCAAAACACCUUGCUUAGCAUGUACACCAAAUGCGGCUCUAUUGAUGAGUCUGAACGCUUGUUCACUUCUUGUCCUAAAUUGGACCCUAUUUCUUACAACAUUAUGAUUUCUGGGUUUGUAAAAGCUGGUCGGUUUAACGAUGCACGGAGCCUGUUUGACGAAAUGCCUAAAAAGGGUUGCGUCUCUUAUACGACGAUGAUAAUGGGAUUUGCUUCAAAGGGUUUUUGGGGAGAAGCACUUGGGAUUUUUAAGGAAAUGAGAAAUGUGGGUAUUUUACCUAAUGAGGUUACAUUGGCAAGUUUGAUUUCUGCUUGUUCGGGUUUUGGAGGGAUUUUUAUUUGUAGAAUGUUACACGGUUUGGCGGUUAAGGUGUUGCUUGAUAAAUUUGUUAUUGUUUCAACGAAUUUGUUGCACAUGUAUUGUGUCUGUGGGAAUUUAAGGGAUGGGAUGGAAUUGUUUAAUAAGAUGCCGGAGAGGAAUGUUGUUUCUUGGAAUGUGAUGUUAAAUGGAUACGCGAAAGCUGGGGAGGUUGAGUUGGCUAGAGAGUUGUUUGAGAGGAUUCCUAGGAAGGAAAAAGAUGUUGUUUCGUGGGGCACGAUGGUUGAUGCUUGUGUUCAAGUGGAUCGAUUAAGUGAAGCUUUGAUAAUGUUUUGUGCUAUGUUGUGUGAGGGAGUUGAGGCAAGUGAUGUUAUGAUUGUGGAUUUAGUUUCAGCAUGUGCCCGAGUGGGUGCAAUCCAAGCGGGUUUGCAGCUUCAUGGUAGGAUUGUGAAGGCAGGUUUUGAUUGUUAUAAUUUUGUACAAGCGACAAUCAUUCAUUUCUAUGCAGCCUGUGGGAAGGUUGAUCUUGCUUACUUGCAGUUUGAAGUGGGCAUUAAGGAUCAUCUUGCUUCUAGAAAUGCCCUCAUUGGAGCAUUUAUAAGAAAUGGAAUGAUUGAACAGGCAAGACAGCUAUUCAGUGAGAUGCCUGAAAGAGAUGUUUCUUCAUGGAGCUCUAUAAUUGCUGGUUAUGCUCAGAGUGAGCAACCUAACGUGGCUUUACAGCUCUUCCAUGAAAUGGUAGCUAGUGGUAUGCAACCAAACCAAAUAACAAUGGUGAGCGUUUUCUCUGCGAUUGCCUCAUUAGGCAUAUUGAAUGAAGGGAGAUUGGCCCAUGAAUACGUACAUAAUAACUCCAUCCCUCUUAACGAUAUCCUAAGUGCAGCAAUCAUUGAUAUGUAUGCGAAAUGUGGGAGCAUCAGUGCUGCCUUGGAAGUGUUUUAUCAAAUCCGAGACAAGACCUCUACCGUCUCACCAUGGAAUGCAAUUAUCUAUGGCUUGGCCAUGCAUGGACAUGCCAAUUUGUCACUUGAAAUAUACUCUGACUUGGAGAGGAGGCAUCAUAUCAAGCAAAAUUCCAUAACAUUCAUUGGGGUCCUUACUGCGUGUUGCCAUGCUGGGUUGGUAGAACUAGGGGAGACGUAUUUCAAGAGCAUGAAGAGUGCAUAUAACAUAGAUCCUGGUAUCAAGCAUUAUGGUUGUAUGGUGGAUCUCUUGGGCAGAGCUGGACGUCUAGAGGAAGCUGAGAAAAUGAUUAGGAGCAUGCCUGUGAAAGCAGAUGUUGUUAUUUGGGGUACGUUACUGGCAGCUUGUAGGACACAUGGAAAUGUUGACAUAGGAGAAAAGGCUGCAGAGAAUUUGGCAAGGUUGGAACCAUCUCAUGGUGGAGGUAAAGUUCUUUUGUCUAACUUAUAUGCAGAUGUAGGGAGGUGGGGGGAUGUAUUAUCUGUAAGGGGAGUAAUGCAAAGCCAGAGAAUGAGGAAAUCACCUGGGUUCAGUGGUGUUGUGAUGUAGUUAUGUAGUCAACUAGAUAACUAUUCUGUUGGCCAGAAAUCUAGAGCAAUUUUCAUAUCUUUAUGCUGGAAAUUUGCAUUCCCCUCUCCCUCCAUCUCAUUCCUCACCCUGGAAUUCUGUAGUACAUGUAUAAAGUCCGACAUCCUAAUAUUGAAUUACACAAUUAUAUUUUUAACCGAGAAAAGAGUGAAACAAGCAAUAUGAAU